GGAAAUGCUACGCGUGGAUGUUGUCUGGGUAAAAGUUAACUAUGGGUACGUGGUAGGUUAAAAAAAAAAAAAGACAAAUCCAUCCAUUCCAAGCCCUUUGUUUGGUGAUCCUGGGCCAGUUAUCUUGAGGAACAACGUUCACAGAGGCGGCUUGUAGCGGCUCGGACGCCCCGGCGGAUGGCUCCCCGAAGGCCGGACUCGGCGAAGAGAAGCGGCGGCGGUCGGGCCCCCGACUUUCGGAGCUCGGGCUCGGCGGCGCGCCGCCACUCCUCCGCCGCGGUGCUGCCGUCCGUGCUGACGUUCGUGGUGAUCGUCGCCUCCGGAGGCCUGCUGCUCAUGAUCGAGAAAGGAAUGCUCAGCGGCGUAAAGACACCUUCGCCCCGGGGAAGCAGGAGGCUGGACGUCGGCCGGCAGCACACCAGCCAACGAGAGCCUGCGGCGGAGGACGUGGAGUUGCAGAUCCUCCAUGACAUCCGAAACCGGACCCUGACGUCCAUGUGCAGCCAGAAGAACAUGCCGCACAGCCUGUGGUCGCUGACGCCGCAGCAAAGGAGGACGCUGCUGCAGCACGUGUUGGUCAACGACGAGUACCGCUUCCUGUACUGCUACGUGCCCAAGGUGGCCUGCUCCAACUGGAAGCGCGUGCUGAAGGUGCUGGGCGGCGCGCUGGAGAGCGUGGACGUCAAGAUCAAGAUGGAUCACAUGAGGGACCUGACUUUCCUGUCCUCGAUGAAACCGGAGGGCAUCCGCUACCGUCUGCAGCACUAUUUCAAGUUCAUGUUCGUGCGCGAGCCAAUGGAGCGCCUGCUCUCCGCGUACAGGAACAAGUUCGGCGAGAUCGAGUCGUACCAGCGCAAGUACGGGGCGGAGAUCGUCAAGCGUUACCGCAAGAACCGCGCCGGCAAGAGCUUGCGCAUCGCCGGCGACGACGUGACCUUUGCCGAGUUCGUCCGCUACCUUCUGGACGAGGACGCCGAGCGCAUGAACGAGCACUGGAUGCCCAUGUACAACCUGUGCCAGCCGUGCGCGUUGCGUUACGACUUCAUAGGCUCCUACGAGCACCUGGAGCGGGAUGCCGAGUUCGUGCUGCGCAGCGUCGGGGUGCCGCCGCACGUCAGCUUCCCGGCGAGGCAGGCGUGGUACAAGCCCGUGACGGCGGAGACGCUGCACUACUAUCUUUGCAGCCUGCCGCAGAAGCUUCUCAGGGAGCUCCUGCCCAAAUACAUUUUAGACUUCUCCCUCUUUGCGUAUCCGCUUCCCAACACGACCGCGGAGCACUGCCGGCAUUAAAAAAAUAAAAAAUAAAUACAUACAUAAAUAAAGUGAACUGGAUUAGCAUUUAAAAGAUGAAUUGUGCAUUAAUUUAGGCCCGCCGCACACUGAGCAAAACAGCCAAACGUGACAGAACCAUCGCAAUGAAAUUUGAGUUGGGUGACCUUUGCGCCACACAUCCACUGACUGCGACCCUGUAUCGGGUUCUGAGGCUCAACACUAUACUGUAUUAUAUUUUUUGACUGACCCGCCCAAAACAUGGCACGAUUGUCAAGGAAGAUGCGGAUGCCCAAUAGUAGUAAGGAGUGCGGAUAUUUUGAGUGUUGCCAACGAUCGAUCACUUACUGAAUUCUGUUUCAGCGACAGACUCCGCUCCUCUGUAAAUUCGUACUCUCCUAUAUUUUUCUACUUUUCUAUAAAGACUGUUCACGUUUGUA